GCGGCGUCUCAACCCCUGGCAGCUAGCUGUUGCAAGAUGACACGACAAGUGAUGGUACUCAGCCUGUGUCUCGCCAUGCUGCUCUCCGCCCUGACGGUUGACGGGAGGUAUCUGCCCACCAGAGGGCAGGAGGAUCGGCUCGACCGACUGCGCGACUUACUCAGAGACCUGCUGGAAUCUGACGGUGAACGUGACCCUGCCAGCAGCUAUGCGCCUGACCGUCGUCCUUUCCCCAAGAGAGACUUCUACGGCUACGACCCCUCCCACCACUUCGCCAUGGAUCACCUGCUGCAUGCCUGAGCAUCCCUUCACCCUCUCCUGUUUCAUUAAUGUUUACCCUGUUGCUGUUUUUACUCAUUUGUGUAAUAAAUAUAAAGCAAUAUUGUUGUAAAAUGUGUUACAUAAAAUAAAUUUUGAAAAUAUACUUUUAGUUUAUUUCUGUGCAUCAA